AUGGCGGCGAAAGUGGGCGUCGUGGAGGACCGAAGAGCGCUCGUGGCGCUCGAGCCGCUGGCGGAGCUCGUGUGGCGUGCGGCCUUUGCGCCGGCCGCGGUUGCCGACGACGACUUUGCUGACUUUGCCGACUUUGCCGACUUUGCCGACUUUGCCGACGAGGCACGCUGCUCGCCGGCGACACUCGAGCUGCUCCCGCCGCCGGCUUCACCUUUUCCGCUUCCUUGGUUCUUCCUGGCGGUGGUGGCCGGCCUCGCGGCGGCGGUCCCACCGCUGGCGGCGGUCCGCGCCAAGCUGCGCCUCCGCGUCCGCGACUCGUCCUACUUUGCCCAGUGCGACCUUCAGUUCGCAGCGCUCGGCGUGCGGGCGCCGCGGAUUGUGCGUCGGGCGCUUGGCUCGCCGGCGCGCCUCUUCGCGUAUCUGGUCUAUCCCGAGCCGUCGUCGGGCGAGGCCGAAGACGGAGCGGCAGCAGGCGACGCAGCGGUGAGCGUGACUGCCGGUCAUCUUGAGGUGUGGGGCGUGAGCGGAAACGAGCUCUUUGACGAGCUCAUUGCCGAUGUAGUGGAAGCCCACGAGCCUGCGGCGUGCUGGACGGCCGCGACGAGCACGGCUGAGCUGCAUCUGGCCUCGCUGAGCUCUGAAGACGCCAACCUGGCGCCACUGCUGGCGCCAGGCGCGUUUAUCGACGGUGUCGUCGACGUUGUCGGCCGGCCGGUUGUUAUGCUCCCGAGCCCGUCGAUCUUGCUAGUGACCGGAAGCGAGAACGAGGCUGGGCUGAUGGCCAUGCUGCAGUCUGUGGCAUCCUUUCUGGGCGAGCUGGGCAAGCGGGCGCUUGUCGUCGCCUACGCCUGGCACGGCGAGUCCGGCGGCGGGUGGCUGCCGUGGGCGCCCGAGCCGCAGCUCGAGCCGUCCAUCUCUGUCGUCUACACUGCGCUCACCGUCUCGUACAUCAAGGCGCUGUACGACGAGCAGAAGAGCCUCCUCGACACCAUCCUCGACUACGAGCAGCCCGAGGCCAAGCCGAUGGUGGCCACGCAGGUCCUUAUGCGCGAUCCGGACAACACCCGGUUCUUCACCUACUGCGUGUGGGCCAAGGGCGCCGAGGCGCUCUUACCCAAGACCGACAUCAUCAUGUUUGCGCUGCCGGAGACGUUUCCACACGCCAUCAUCGGCAAGGCAACAUGGGACGACGUUGUCGCCGGCCUCGACGCCGACGCCUUUGAGCCCACCGAGUUUGAUCCGCCGCGCUUCCGCCUCCUAGCCUCCUCCUUCCCGUCCGACGCCCAGCUCGCGGCCAUCUGUCCCGAGUUUGCUGCCGCAACAGCCUCGGCGCCAGCCUCUGCCUCAGCCGUGGCGGCGAGCAGCAGCGAGGGCAGACGCGGCGGAGCGUACCGUGCGGUGGCGGCGGCGGUAGCGGCAGCGGCCGAAACUGCCGGACGGAGCGAGGCUCCGCUGCUGGUGGCAGUGUCGAAGCGGUUCCCGGCCGAAGCUGUGCAGGAGGUGUAUGACGCCGGAGCGCGAGUGUUUGGUGAGAACUACGUGCAGGAGCUGGUGGCCAAGGCCCCGGCCCUCCCGGACGACAUCGAGUGGCACUUUAUCGGCUCGCUGCAGAGUAACAAGGCCAAGGCGCUGGUGGCCAUCCCCAACCUGGCUGUUGUCCAGACGCUGCACUCGAACAAGCUCGCCAAGACGCUCAACAAGGCCGCGGCCGACGCCGACCGGACCCUCGACGUGUACAUCCAGGUCAACACCUCGGGCGAGGAGAGCAAAUCAGGCGUCGAGCCCGAGGCGGUCCUCGAGCUCGCCCGCUACGUGGCCGAGCAGUGCCCAGCGCUCAAGCUCGCCGGGCUGAUGACGAUCGGCUCGCGCGCAGCGUCGAUCAACGCCGCCGCCGGCGAGACCAACCCCGACUUUGAGGUUCUCGCCACAGCGGCGGCGGCCAUCGGCGACGCCGGCCUCCGUGCCGCGGGCGACGCCCGCCCACUCGUCCUCUCCAUGGGCAUGUCGGCCGACUUUGAGCAAGCCAUCCUGCAGGGUUCGACUUGUGUCCGUGUCGGCUCGGCCAUCUUUGGCGCCCGGUCGUGA